CGAAGCGAUAGCGCGAAGGUACGUUAGUGACCGAAUGCAAAAUAAAAACUUUCACGCGCAAAUUGAACAGAAGAAAACAACAGGAAAUGAGGCCUCUGGAUAAGGAGCUAUGCGAGACGGAGCCCGGAGACCGGUACUAUAACUACAGGAAGGAUUUGAGGACAGCUUUGCCGCAGAUCAUAGCUGUUAGUGUCAAGAAUCUGCUUAUAUUGGGUUACGGUAUGACCUUGGGCUUCCCGACUAUCCUGAUACCAGCUGUCAGUCAACCACAGGAUGGAGAGAUACUGCAUCUUAAUAAUACACAAAUCUCUUGGAUAGGCUCGAUAAAUUUGAUUGUCGUGCCGUUGGGAUGCGCGCUCUCCGGCGUAGUGACGGCACCACUGGGGCGACGUCGCGCUAUGCAAGCUGUUAACCUGCCCUUUAUCAUCGCUUGGCUACUAUUCUACUUCUCGAAGUCAGCUGUUUAUCUCUACUCCGCUCUGUUUCUAACCGGUCUCGCGGGAGGAUUGCUUGAAGCGCCAGUGCUGACUUACGUGGCUGAGAUAACUCAGCCGCACUUGCGCGGCUCGCUGUCCGCCACCAGUUCGAUGUGCGUCAUCUUGGGAGUGUUCACUCAGUUCGUAUUCGGUACAUUGAUGAACUGGCGGACUGUGGCACUUGUUAACAUCAGCUUUACAAUAAUCUCCGUUAUCGCAUUAUUCUUCAUCCCGGAAUCGCCGCAUUGGCUGAUAUCAAGAAACCGAGACGACGAAGCUAGGAAGAGUCUACAAUGGCUCCGCGGCUGGACUACAGAGGAUGAUGUCGAUAUGGAGUUGAGAGAUAUACAGGCUCUGUUUUGGAUAGAGGAAAUGGUAUCAUACAAAUAUAAAUGGACCGCAAACCUGUCUCAUUACCGCGAGCGCAAGUUCUUCAUACCAUUCUUUCUCGUCAGUUACAGCUUCUUUGUGGGACACUUCAGUGGGAUGACCACACUGCAGACGUAUGCGGUGUCGAUAUUCCAAGCGUUAGACGCGCCAAUAGACAAGUACCGGGCCACUCUGGUGCUAGGCGCGGUACAGAUAGCCGGCGCAGCGUGUUGCGUGCUGCUUGUACGUGUCGCUGGCAAGCGGAAACUGACACUUGUGUCCACCGCUGGCGCGGCACUGUGUUGUCUAUUGCUAGCAGGUUAUGAUAUGUACAUCAAAACGCAUUCGAAGUUGUCCGUGUCUUAUUCAUCGAACAACAAGGCCGGAUAUGUGAUGACCAACAGCUCUCUUGUAGCAGAAAACUUGAGCAUCGGCUACUCGUGGAUACCAACAACCCUUCUGAUGUUGUUGGCCUUCAUCUCACACACCGGCAUACGACUGUUGCCUUGGAUAUUAAUUGGAGAGGUGUUCAGCGCACAGACAAGGUCGGGAGCGUCAGGUCUAGCGAGCGCUAUGGGCUAUAUAUUUGGCUUUAUCACUAACAAGGCGUACAUAAACAUGGUAGAUAAGCUCUCAAUAUGGGGGACUUACGGAUUUUAUGGUCUCAUAUGUUUAACUGGAUGCGUUGUGUUUGCGCUAAUUCUGCCCGAGACGGAAGGGAAACAGUUAAUUGAUAUCGAAAAUCACUUCGCAGGCAUCAAGAAACUUGACAACAAAGUCUAUCGGUCAAAGAGAAGAAAACCUAUUCCGGAAUCAAAGUUGAAUGAACUCGGAGGCAUACAGAAUAAAUCGUACGAGCCUGACACGACCACUCUUUAAUUUCAUUAAAUUUUAAUAAAAAUAUUUGUCCAAAGUUCUGUUUUGUAAAUAAUUAUUAAUUUCAUAUUUGUAGAUUAAAUAGAUUUAUAUUUAUUUAAUAUAGUGUUUAUUAAGUCUUGUUUCACGAUCGAAAUAUUUAAUGAAAACUUUGAGGAACAUACUAAAAUGUGUUGGUACUAAAAUUAUUUAUAGCGCCAUCUAUAUCGUGUGAAAAGAAAAUUAUAAUGUGAUUUUAAUUUAAAG